UGGAGGAGUAAUUUUUUUUCGGCUGUAAUUCAAACCCGAAAACGUAUCGAACCUCUACAUUCCUGCCAAUAAUUCCAAAUUUUGUCAGUACAAUAAUUGAUUUAUAACCCUAAAUCAAGCAAUCAGUCUCUCAAAUUUGGGGUUUUUACUUUCAAUUGUUCAACCCUUUAUACUCCAAUUCAUUCAUACUUCAAUGGCACCUUUUAAUUUGUGCAAAUUCAUCAUCUUUUUAUCAUUAUUUUCCACAUUUACGAAUUUCCAUGUACAAUCAAAACGAGAUGGAUUCAUUUCUAUAUCAAUUUCUGAAAAGGGUCUUGAAUUUGUCAAAGACUUGUUAACUGAAAAGGCAGUAUCUUCUUUAACACCACUUGAACUUUCCCCAAUUGAGAAAACUGUGAGAAUCCCACUUGUGGGUAGUGUUAAAAUUGUUCUUUCUAAUAUAGUAAUUUAUCAUAUUGAUGUUAUCUACUCAGAUGUUGAAGUGGGUGAUGAUGAUAUUAGUAUUACUGCUUCAAAAGCAACUGCUAAUUUGAGUAUGGAUUGGAAGUAUACUUAUAAAAAUUGGUUUGUUGAAGUUUCUGAUCAUGGAGAUGCUUCUGUAGAGGUUGACGAUAUGAAAGCAAGCAUUGAGGUAACGUUGAAGAAACAAGGUGGUGGUCUGAAGUUGACUCUCCUAGAAAGUGAAUGUGAGGUAGAAGAUGUUGAUAUAAAGAUGAAUGGUGGAGCAUCCUGGCUUUAUCAAGGGAUAGUAGACGCUUUCAGCAACCAUAUUGAAUCAGCAGUUGAAAAUGCUAUUAUAAAGAAACUCAAUGAAGGGAUCUUGAAAAUUGGUACCUUAUUGCAGUCUCUUCCUACACAAGUAAAAGUGGACGAAACUUCUGCACUCAAUGUGACAUUUGUCAGCAACCCCACUUUCAGCGAUUCUUCAAUCGGUUUUGUAAUAAAUGGCUUAUUCAUUCCAAUGAACGAAUCUUUGUCCACCCCAUAUCAACUCCAAGUAUCACAAUCUUCAAUACAAUCCCAUAAUCCAGCUAAGAUGAUAGCAAUAGCAUUGCAUGAAGAUGUUUUCAACUCUGGCUCUUUGGUUUAUUUCAAUGCAGGGCUUAUGCAAUGGAGAGUUGAAAAGAUACCAGAUCAGUCACUUCUGAAUACUACUUUGUGGAAAGAAGUUGUACCCGAACUUUACGAGCAGUUUCCCGAUUCCAGAAUGGUUUUAGACUUAUUGGCUUCUUCUCCUCCGUCUGUGCACAUUUUUGAUGGUGGAAUGGAAGCAACCAUCAAUACAGAUGUUAUAGUGGACGUCAUGAGUGACGGGGAAGUCGUACCGGUUGCUUGUGGAUCUGUGGUUAUCAGUGCUUCAGGUUCUGUUAAAAUUUCAGGGAAUAACCUGACAGGGAGUAUCGAGCUCGAUAAGUUCAAUUUGUCAGCUAAAUGGAGUAAAGUUGGUAACCUGCAAAUUGACGUAAUCAGGCCUGUGAUCUCGGAGGUUCUAGUAGAUGUGUUGUUGCCACGAUUGAACACGCUUCUCGUACAAGGAUUUCCUUUGCCACUAAUCCACGGCUUCACCCUUGAAGACGCUGAAAUCGUCUAUUCUGAUUCUUUAAUUACUGUUUCCAGCAAUGUGGCAUAUACCGAAGACAAUCGCCUUCCAUCGAAAUACAUCAUUCGUGAUAUUUUGUCAUUCCUUCGGUUCAUGUAAAAUCCGCUCUGUAAUCUAUAUGCAGUUGUUAUAUGCACAGUGCACUGUAACUUAUCCGUCUGUAUUCGACAUUUAUGUUUACCCAGAUUUGAGAAGGGUUUUCACUGAAA